AUGGACGAGAUAAUCCUUGUAUACAGCGAGCCGUGUAUAACAUCAAACACUGUGAGAAUACCCUCAUCGAUGCCCAGAGGGAUGCCCGGAAAGGUAGCCCCAGUACUGAUGUUCAUUUGGGUUCAUGUUGAUAGAUACAGAGAUCAGAGAUACUAUGAUAGGUAUGGGGGACAGGACUACUACAACGAUAUUAAUAAUAGAUACCGGUACAAAUAUGAUGAG